AUGACGCCUGCUAUGGUGCAGGCUCUGGAUUACAUACAAGCGAUGGAAGCAUCUUUGGAUGAUGAAAACGGGCUUGAAGAAUUGUUACCCGGCAAUUCGCGAGUCGGACAGCCCAUCUCUCACGAACAGACCAUCUGUCUCGCAGCAAGACUUCGGGAAAUUGGAGGGAUUCAAGAAGAUGGUUCACCUCGAGAUCGGCCUACUUACAGCUUGGAUCAAUUACUUAGAGGAUCUCGAGUCUUCGUAGAGCCACCAAAACCCAAAGUCGAACCAGCAAGCAUCUCCCCCUAUCUUUCUUCUGGAUACAAAGCACUGAUGGCUUGCCUUCGGCAAGAGGAAGAGUCUCGUGCCUAUGAGCGAAUGAUCAACCCUGUAAGACCUGCUGAGACUUUCUCUCAGCGGUUUCCCAAUUCCCAUCACGCCCACCUGUUUCCUACCUCUCGGGAGGAUAUCGGCGACAGCGACAAGGUUUCAUACGACGACAUUAACAGGCAGAUGGCGUUGAUCAUCAAUAUUAUCAUCUCGAUUGUUGCUUGCAGUGUUGCAAUUUGGCUAGCUGCUCGUCAUUGGAGCACUCCAUCGCGACUGGGGCUAAGCAUGGGCGGAAGCGGCAUCAUCGGGAUUGCUGAAGUGAUCGUCUACGCGGGAUACUUACGAAGGAUUCAAGAUGCAAAGGCGCAAGCGAAGAAAGAGGUGGAAGUCAAGGAAAUCAUUGAGACUUGGGUGGUUGGUGGGCGGCAGGAGAAGGAGCAAGAGGAAGCCAUACCAAUCGACGUCUCGCAUUCGCCGAUUGAAAGUGGAGUACGAAAGCGAAAGAAGGAAGGCUGA